GUUGGCGCCAAAAAAAAGUCGGACGCAAACAGACGAUGAUGAGCGCGAUGCAGGAGACGCGGUCGGGGAAGCGGGAAGGGUGUGUGAGCAAAGAGGCAUGGCACAUGGCCAUGGCCAUCCUGGCCAGUAAACGCUCAAAGGACCCAGUCACCCAGGUGGGCUGCGUGAUUGUGGAUCCGAAAGGAAUCGUGGUGUCCAUGGGCUACAAUGGCUUUCCCAUCGGCUGCUCUGACGAGGAGCUUCCUUGGGAUAAGCACGCAGACAAUCCAUUGGAGACCAAAUUCCCAUACGUGUGCCAUGCGGAGAUGAAUGCCAUUCUCAACACCAACGACCAGGAUGUGAGCGGAUGCAUCCUCUACGCCACCCUGUUCCCCUGCAACGAAUGCGCCAAGAUGAUCAUUCAGGCUGGUAUCAAGGAGGUUGUGUACCUGUGUAACAAGUCAAAGGACAAACCACUUGUCGUCGCCUCACGCACUCUCUUUGACAUGGCAGGCGUGACGUAUCGUGCGUUUGACAUGGAAGAGGCCGGCAGCAGGACCAUCAAGAUCAACUUUCGGCAGGUACCGCCGCCGUUUCACAGAUCGCCACAACAAGACCGUGCUUGCAAGCAAACGACCGACGCAUCCGCAGCGAAGAAAUCCGAGCGAGAAGAGAACGAAGAGGAAGCGCAGCAGCGAGCUGGCGACCACACCAGUGCUGAUACGGAGGGCACAACUCACGCCAUGAAGCACCUGUCCCUGCACGCGUGACAUGACAGCUUGUGUGUGUGUGUUUGUAUGUGUGUCUCUGUGUGUGUGCGUGCGAGUGUGUGCGU